AUGGCGCAGGAGGCUCGUCCCGUACCUGCAGCGUUGCUUGCUGCCGAGCCGAACUCUGCUGCCGAACCUCACCCUUAUGGUCUUGCUUCGGAUCCUGCAGCUACUACUGCUGCUAAGCAAGCCGUGCUCAUCCGAGUGACGAAAGAGUCUCACUUCAGCAGGCGCACCAGACAGACACCCCUCCCUUCCACCACGGUCAUUCUGGAGCUUCAGAACCACCUCAUUCUCACCCGCGGGCUGCUGUUUGCCGUGCACAUCCGCGUCACCAAGGAGGCCGAUUUCAUCAAGCGCAGGCGCCACCCUCCCUCCACCACGGUCGUUCUGGAGCUUCAAACCCACCUGACUCUGAAGCGAGGGCUGCUGUUUGGUCCAGACUAUGCGUGCACGGUGCUGCGAUCGAGCGCGGGGGCCAAAGGGAGGGGGUAUCGGCUGUACUUGCAUCGAGUGGAUGAGCCGCUGCUGCGCGUGUGGAACACCAGCAAUGUGAUCGUGCAGCGCGUGCAGAUGUCACAGCCAUUCCGAGCCUACUCACAGGCAUGCCCCAAGGAGAUUCCCGAAGUGGGAACAGACAUCAUCUGCCCUCUCAUCCACGUCUACCGCUCCUACGGCGUUCAGAUCGUUAAAGGCUACACGUUUGGCCGGGUGGACAUAAUGCGGACCAUGCACAGCCGCAUUGACUCGAUGAGGAUGACAGGCGUGUCCGACUUCAAGAGGGGCAACGGAGUGAUCCGAGUGAUGCUGUCGGGGUAUGGGCCGCUGCUGGUGCGGGCUUACAUCUACAUCACCAACAAUGAGAUCUAUGGUGGCACCAAUCAUGUGUGUCUGCUGUCUGGGUAUGCCCCCCUGCCGGUUCGUGCAUACGUCUACAUCACCAACAAUGAGAUCUAUGCUCUGCGGGCCAUGCUGUCGAGUAUGGCAACCCUUGGCGCUAUAAAGGCAGUGCUCACAACAUUCAUGUGCAUGACCAUAUGCGCGUACAUGCCAGUGCUGUUACACGUGGGAGCGGUGGGCGUGGUCGUGAGGAACAACUACGUGCACGACUUCGUGUUUGCUGGAAUCACGUGCGGCAACAUGGUGCACUCACAGGGCGACUGCAUGCUGAGCAGCAUAUCCCGCAACCUCGUUGUUGCAGCAGGACGGAACGUCUUCAACCGCCUCAUUCCCCCUCCUCCCCACUUGCCCCUUUCCCCUCGUUCGGCGACUGCAUGCUCAGCACCAUCUCCAACAACCUCGUUGUCGCAGCAGGCCGGAACCUCACAGGGGGCUGGGACGCCACAGGGAUAUACUUCGAACCGCAUAGAGCAUGUGGUGAUGAAGGGCACGGAGGGCACGCCGGGGUGGAACCGCAUAGAGCACGUGGUGAUGAAAGGCACGGAGGGCACGCCAGGGUGGUGCGCGUGCAUCACUGCCACCAUCUGCAACUGCCUCAAAGACCCGGGCAACUACUGGGACCGCAUGCGAGCCAAGUACUACAGCAGUGCCGCGUUUCAGCAGCAUCGUGUGCAAUUGCCCCAAGUGCUACAACAGUGCUCUUCUCCUCUGUUUGCUUCUAUUGAGUAG